AUAGAAAAUAAAUUUUAAUGACCAUUUACUGUCAAUAAUAAUUAAUCAGUAUUUUGAUUUUUUUAAUUGUUAUUUAUUUAUUUAUUGACACUAAGUAUUAUGACAUUAACGCAUGUCCAACGAGUAAGAACUCUGUACAAAACAAUAUUAAAAUUGCACCGUGGUUUGCCGACUGAAAUGCAAUCACUUGGUACUCCUUAUGUCCGUGACGAAUUUCGGAGACAUAAAAAUUGCAAUGAAGCAGAAUCUCACGUUUUUAUGAAUGAAUGGACGGAGUACGCUAUAACGAUAGCAAAACAGCUGGGCUUACGCGGUCCCAUUUCUGCGAAGCCGCUGGGUAAAAGCUUAGAAGUUAAUGAUUUAGAAAAAUUACGCGAUGAACAAAUUUACCAACUAUACGAAUUAUUACUUGCUGCUACUGGCUCUGAUAAAACCAAAAAAUAGUUUUUAAUAUUUUAAUAGCAACCAUUUUCAUUCGAAAUACAAAUUUAAUAUUUGUUUAUAUUGUAAAUAUUUUAUUAAAGAUAUUUAAAUAUUGAAAGUUU